UUUUUGUCAAAAAAUCCAUAUACAAAAGCUUGGUUGAUAAACACAACGUUGCUAUGGCUACCUCUUCCGCCAUGUUAGACAACCGGGCUGCAGAUCCGUAGGCUGUUCGCUCCGUGGAGCCAAAGAUUAUCGAAUUUAGAGCCUUUAAAACUAAGAAAGAAGGCCAAUGACAGCUUAAAAAGGACACUAACCUUUACCUUAAAGUUUUUAUACGCAAAUUAAGUCAAGAGGAGCACGAUUUUGUCAAGAAAUUUGUAAAUAGUUAAAGAGUUUCAAAGCGCGCUAAAAAUCCCAGAAGAAGCAAGAUGGAGUUCAACGACGUACGCUUUGACUUCAUUGCGGACUACGUCCAAAAGACCAUGAAAYUAAAAGCCGACAAAUGGGCUAAGCUACAAGGAAACGAAGAAUAUAGACAAAUAAUUUUGGAUUAUUUUGAGAAACCAGACAAUAAUACGCUGGUAAUUGCGUUGUCCAGUGCUGGGCAGUUGGUGCCAUCGUACGAGUAUCCAUCAAGCAUGAAGAAUAAGGCAGUGUAUUUUGUGAAGAAAGAAAAAGGGAUUAACAUUGGGAAAGACAAUUAUAAAAAUUCUUUAAGUUAUGGGGACUUAUCUGCCUCACCUCUGGACCAACUUUCUGUUCUAGUGGAAGAGAUAUUAGUCCCACUUUUAUCAAACCCUCGCAACCAUGAACAGUGGCCUGCAGUUGUAUCUCAAGAUGUUAUGCGACAUGUACAUCAACUAAAGAGCAAUGUUUUUGUUAUUGCUGGUCAAGUCAAAGGCAAGACGUUGUUACCUUUGCCAGUAGGCUCAGAGCAGGUCUCUGAUGCAGUCGAAGCAGAGGAAAGGGGUGAUACAUUUGACCGUAGUCUUGUACAUUCAAUUGAAUCAGUCAUCAUUGAAUGGAGCCAUCAAAUUCAGUCAGUYCUGAAAAGAAAUUCAGCCCAGCCACUACUUGAUGGAAUGAAUCCUGGUCCUUUAGUAGAGCUGGAUUUCUGGAAAGCCAGAGCAACAAACCUUGAAUGCAUCUUUGAACAGCUGCAUGAUGUCAAAGUAAGAAGGAUGGCACAACUGUUAGAAAAGACUCAAAGCAGUUACUUUCCAGCCUUUAAGAAGAUAUUCAAAGAUGUUGUUGCUGCUUURGAUGAAGCAAGAGACAUCACCCUCUACCUCAAGCCACUGCGACGACUACUUGAGGAUAUGGAGCAGUAUGACUUUUCUGAAUUGAAUAAGAUCCUCCCAGCUAUCCUACAUGUGGUUGGCUUAUUGUGGGCUAACUCCAAGCACUACUGCUCAGCGCCAAGAAUCAUYGUUCUGCUGCAAGAACUCUGUAAUAUGAUCAUUGAAAUGGCCAGAACAUACCUCGAUCCAGCAGAAAUUUUCAAAGCAGAGGUUGAAGAAGCCUAUGAAAAGACCAACAAAGCCAUUGAAAUAUGCAUGUUAUUCAAAGACACCUUCCAGGACAAUAGAAAGGACAUUGGCAAGUUCUUCAAAGAGGAAUCUGAAGUCAAAUCCUGGGAGUUUGGCAAUGAACUGGUUUUCACAAGGCUUGAUAUGUUUGUUGACAGACUAAGAAUUGUAGAGGAUGUCUUUUCCACUGCAAUGGAAUUUAGCAAGCUGGAAAAAGUUGAAAUUGCUGGUAUCAAAGGCAAAGUUCUUAGCCACCAAGUGGUUGAAAUAUUUGAAGAGUUUAAUGAGUUGUAUGCUAUGUUUGGUAACAAGACAUAUGAUGGACUUGAUGCUACCAACAAGGAGUUUGUUGAUGACUAUCAUCAAUUCAGGGACAGAAUUACUGACCUUGACAGAAGACUGGCAUCAAUAGUUUGUCAGGCCUUUGAUGAUUGCCCAAGCACUGAGUCAGCUCUCAAGCUGUUGGAUUGUCUUGGUUCUCUUCUGGACCGGCCAUUGAUUCAUUCUGACUUUGUYAACAAGUACCCAGUACUUCUUAGAAUGUUUGAACAGGAACUAGACCUAUCCAAGGUCAUCUUUGACAACCAGAUGGUAACAGAACAGACUGAGGGUACUCCUCCCAUCAACAAGAACAUGCCACCCAUAUCAGGGGCACUGAAAUGGUCAAAUGAACUUAGAGACAGAAUCACAAAACCAAUGCAKGCACUAAAGCUGUCACUAAACCACGGGACUCUGGAGACUGCUGAAGCGAUGAUUAUAUUCAACAAGUAUGAUGAGAUGAAUAAACUUCUUACAAGUUAUGAUGAAAAGACCUACAGCCACUGGACUCACGGUGUAGAUUCAAUAUCACAACAAAACUUAGACAAACCUUUGAUCAUCAGAGAUCCUAACACAAAACUGAUCAAAGUCAACUUUGACCCAGAGCUUACCGCCGUUYUACGUGAAGUCAAGUACUUAGAGACAGCUCAAAAUGAGGCACUUGAAACCAUUCCUGACAGUGCCACUGCUAUUUACUCGCGUAACGAGACUUUCCACAAGUUUUGCGCAAACUUAGACUUGACCGUUGCGUGGUAUAACACAGUACGAGAAACCUUACUAGACGUAGAGUUYCCAUUGGUGGAAGGUCAGCUACAGAACAUCGAUAAUCAGCUAGAACAGGCCGAGAAGAGCUUGAACUGGAACAGCGAUGGGGUCUGGGAAUAUAUAGAAAAGACACGUGACAUGGUCCACGACCUUCAGACUCGCGUCCAAGCAGCUAAAGACAACGUCGAGGCUAUUAGUCAGAUUAUGACUAAAUGGAGUGAAGCACCAUUGUACGAAAGAAAGGAGGGAAAGAAGGAAGGACUUCUUAACUUAGAGGAUCGCGAUACUUUGUUAACCAAGAGAUAUGCAGUUAUYGAGCAAUCAGGGGAGAAAAUACAUAGUCUAUUACAGAAAAACUUAGAGCUUUUCCAAGCCGAUGCAAACACAGAAAUAUGGCGUGCGUAUGUCGACUAUCUUGACGAUAUGGUCCUCGAUGGRUUCUUUAACUGCGUGCACUGUUCGCUGAACUAUCUCUUAGACAAUACAGACUCUAAACAUAAYUCCACUCCAUUAUUCGAAGCCAAACUCGAGCUUCAACAACCAGAUCUUGUAUUUUUACCAUCGUUAGACUUUGGUGUGUCUGAUGGGUACUACGACCUUGUMGAGAGUAUUAUUAACGACGUGUAUAAGAUGGGCUCGUUGGUGAAGCGACUSGCWGAUCAUAACGAAUCAGAACAUUAUCAACUCGAUGUGGAAGAYAUGCUUGAUUUGUCUGAGAUGCGUCAGGACUUGAUGGACAGAGUGACGGGCAUUAUGAAUAAAGCUAAUGAAUAUCGUAGCUCGUUUGAUAAUUACUCCUACUUAUGGCUUGAUGACCGUGUAGAAUUCAUGCGGCAGUUCUUACUUUACAAUCACGUUCUGACGGCGGAAGAAAUUGAAGCUCACACCGAAGAUGGCGUGCCCGAAUGCCCACCAACUCUAGAGCAGUUCAAAGAACARAUAGACACUUAYGARAAGCUCUACGUUGAAGUAGAGGARGUUCAGGGKAUGAAUGUAUUCGACACGUGGUUCCGCGUGGAUGCCCGACCCUUCAAACAAGCCUUAUUAAAUAUCAUCAAGAGAUGGAGCUACAUGUUCAAACAGCAUCUCAUCGACCACGUCACAAACAGUUUGAAUGAUUUAGCUGACUUCAUAAAGGUUGCAGACGUGGGUCUUACUAAGACAGUCCAAGAAGGCGACUACAAUGGUCUCGUCGACGUCAUGGGUCACCUGAUGGCUGUCAAGGACAGACAGUCAGCAACGGACGAGAUGUUUGAACCACUCAAGCAAACGAUAGAGCUUUUGAAGACGUAUGGACAAGAGAUGCCCGAAGAAGUACAUACACAGCUGCAAGAACUUCCUGAACAAUGGAACAAUAGCAAGAAGAUUGCUGUCACCGUCAAGCAACAAGUUGCUCCGCUACAAGCAACCGAAGUGGCAAUAAUCAGACGKAARUGCGGUCAGUUUGAUAUCAAACAGCACGAAUUCCGGGAAGAUUUCCGAAAAACUGCGCCAUUUGCCUUUUCYUCUACCAAYGUUUAYGACCGUUUGGAUAAAUCUAAUCGCGAGAUCUGUGAAAUGGAGAAGGAAAUGAAUGCCCUUCACGAGAGUGCUGGUCUUUUCGAGGUGAACUUCCCAGACUACAAACAGCUSCGUGCUUGUCGUAGAGAAGUCUUGCUACUGAAGCAGCUUUGGGAUAUGAUCUUUGUGGUGACAUCGAGCAUUGAUGAAUGGAAGCUUACUCUGUGGGGUGACAUCAACGUCGAAGACAUGGAAAUGGAGUGCAAGCGAUUUGUCAAAGAGAUCCGUAGYCUUGAUAAGGARAUGCGUGCCUGGGAUGGAUUUGGUGGACUGGACUCGACUGUUAAGAACAUGGUCACAUCGCUWCGUGCUGUUGGUGAGCUGCAGAAUCCAGCCAUUAGGGAGCGUCAUUGGCAACAACUUAUGCAGGCUACCAAGGUCAAGUUCAUCAUGAAUGACGACACCACCCUUGCUGACUUGCUGGCUCUCAACCUCCACAACUUUGAAGACGAAGUACGCGGCAUCGUGGACAAGGCCACCAAGGAACUUGGCAUGGAAAAGGUGCUCAAAGAGCUUGAUGUCACUUGGUCUCAGAUGGAAUUCGAAUAUGAGGAUCACCUUAGAACUGGUGUUCCAUUACUGAAAUCCAGCGAGGAGCUCAUUGAAACWCUYGAGGAUAACCAAGUACAGCUUCAAAACUUGAUGACAUCCAAGUACAUUGGGCAUUUCUUGGAAGAGGUGACCUCGUGGCAGAAGAAGCUCUCGACGGGCGAUUCUGUUAUCAGCAUCUGGUUUGAAGUUCAAAGAACAUGGUCACAUUUGGAAAGUAUCUUUAUUGGCUCUGAGGAUAUUCGAAAUCAGUUGCCAGAGGAUUCUAAGCGUUUUGAUGGAAUUGAUGUAGACUUUAAGGAACUUGCUACAGAAGGUGCUAAGAUCCCUAAUGUAGUUGAUUGCACCAACAGACCGGGACUUUUUGAUAAACUCGARAACCUUCAGGAAAGCUUGUCACUUUGUGAAAAGGCUCUUGCUGAAUACUUGGAGACCAAACGACUUGCCUUCCCYCGGUUUUACUUCGURUCGUCUGCUGAUCUGYUGGAUAUUYUGUCUAAAGGAAACCAGCCCGUCGAGGUCUGCCGUCACUUGUCCAAGCUAUUCGAUAACAUGGCAAAACUCAAAUUCAAGGAAGAUGAYCAAGGCAAYGUUACSAARACAGCYAUUGGCAUGUACAGUAAAGAAAACGAAUAUGUGGACUUUGUAGAGGAGUGCGACUGCUCUGGACAGGUUGAGAUAUGGCUAAAUCGUGUCAUGGACUCGUCACGUGCAACUGUCAGACACCAACAAUCAGAAGCCGUCGUGUCGUACGAAGAGAAACCACGUGAUCAAUGGCUGUUUGACUUCCCAGCUCAAGUCGCGCUUUGCGGCACCCAGAUCUGGUGGACUACAGAGGUGGGGAUAUCGUUUGCUCGACUGGAAGAGGGCUAUGAAAACGCACUGAAAGACUAUUACAAGAAACAGGUCAGCCAGCUUACUACCCUGAUCAACAUGUUGAUUGGUGAACUAAGCAAAGGUGACAGACAAAAGAUUAUGACCAUUUGUACAAUCGAUGUGCAUGCACGUGAUGUAGUGGCAAAACUAAUCCAACAGAAGGUGGAGAAUGCUCAGGCAUUCUUGUGGCUUAGCCAGCUCAGACAUCGCUGGGACGACUCCAACGGACAUUGCUAUGCUAAUAUUUGUGACGCGCAGUUCAAGUAUUCUUAUGAGUACCUCGGAAAUACCCCUCGACUUGUCAUCACUCCAUUGACUGACAGGUGCUACAUUACCUUGACCCAGUCUCUUCACUUGACAAUGAGUGGUGCUCCUGCUGGACCUGCAGGGACUGGUAAGACGGAGACCACUAAGGAUCUUGGCAGGGCGCUCGGUAUCAUGGUAUAUGUCUUCAACUGCUCGGAACAGAUGGACUACAAGUCGUGCGGUAACAUCUACAAGGGUCUCGCCCAGACUGGUGCCUGGGGAUGUUUUGAUGAAUUCAAUCGAAUCUCAGUAGAAGUAUUGUCRGUCAUUGCUGUGCAAGUCAAAUCUAUCCAAGAUGCCAUCAGAGACAAGAAAGAGCGCUUCAUCUUCCAAGGCGAAGACAUUUGCCUUGUCCCAACUGUGGGCCUUUUUAUWACCAUGAAUCCUGGCUAUGCUGGACGUACAGAGCUGCCAGAGAAUUUGAAGGCUCUUUUCCGCCCAUGCGCCAUGGUCGUUCCUGACUUUGAACUGAUUUGUGAAAUCAUGUUGGUGGCUGAAGGUUUCAUCGAGGCUCGCGCCUUGGCCAGGAAGUUUAUUACCCUGUACUCUCUCUGCAAGGAACUUCUAUCAAAACAGGACCACUACGAUUGGGGUCUGCGUGCCAUCAAAUCCGUCCUUGUUGUCGCUGGYUCUCUUAAACGAUCUGAUAGAACAAGACCAGAGGAUCAGGUGCUAAUGAGAGCACUUCGUGACUUCAACAUCCCUAAGAUUGUUACUGAUGAUGUACCAGUGUUCAUGGGAUUGAUUGGGGAUCUGUUCCCAGCGCUUGAUGUGCCUCGUAAGAGAGAUAUGGACUUUGAAGCUUUAGUCAAACGAUCUGCAUUGGACCUCAAAUUACAGCCAGAAGACAGUUUUAUCCUCAAGGUAGUACAGCUAGAGGAACUUCUUGCCGUGCGUCACUCUGUCUUCGUCCUUGGUCCUGCAGGAACAGGAAAAACACAGGUCAUUCGUACAUUGAAUAARACGUACCAGAAUCAGAAACGAAAACCAUUGCUUCAUGAUUUGAAUCCUAAAGCCGUCACAGCUGACGAACUCUUUGGUUUUAUCAAUCCAUCCACACGAGAAUGGAAAGAUGGUYUGUUUUCUACUACCAUGCGUGACCUGUCCAACAUUGCCAAUGAAUCCCCCAAGUGGAUUGUACUCGAUGGYGACAUCGAUCCUAUGUGGAUUGAAUCACUCAAUACUGUCAUGGACGAUAAUAAAGUGUUGACACUUGCGAGUAACGAACGUGUACCCCUCACCCCUUCAAUGAGACUUCUUUUUGAGAUUGGUCACCUCAAGACUGCCACACCCGCCACCGUGUCACGUGCUGGUAUUCUGUUCUUGAACUACGCAGAUGUUGGCUGGAAUCCGUAUGUUUCCAGUUGGAUYGAUACCAGAGAAGUCCARUCMGAGAAGGCCAACCUGCAGAUCUUAUUCGACAARUACGUCCCUGUCUGCUUAGACGUCCUUCGAGUMAGGUUCAAGAAGAUCACCCCAGUGCCUGAUAUUACUCAAGUCACUAGUCUUUGUUACCUGUUAGAAUGUCUUUUAACACCGGAGAAUACUCCACCAGACUGUAACAAAGAGUUGUAUGAGUUGUACUUUGUSUUUGCUGCUGUAUGGGCYUUUGGUGGCGCCAUGUUCCAAGAUCAGCUCGUUGACUACCGUGUAGAGUUCUCAAAAUGGUGGGUAACUGAGUUCAAGACCAUCAAGUUCCCUUCAGCUGGUACUGUCUUUGAUUACUUGAUUGACCGCGAAACCAAGAAAUUUGUUCCUUGGACAGAUACCGUUCCUAAGUUUGAGUUAGAUCCUGAAGUACCCCUACAGGCGGUCCUUGUCCAUACCGCAGAGACAACUCGUGUUCGAUUCUUCAUGGAUCUGCUAAUGGAAAAGAAAAGACCAGUGAUGCUUGUAGGUAAUGCAGGAACUGGCAAAACAGUCUUAGUAAACGACUACUUCCAGUCACUGGACCCUGAUGUUACAAUGGUUGGUAACGUGCCUUUCAACUACUACACCACGUCGGCUAUGUUGCAAAGUGUCUUAGAGAAGCCUCUGGAGAARAAAGCAGGACGAAACUACGGUCCACCUGGAAAUAAGAAACUCAUCUACUUUAUUGAUGACAUGAACAUGCCUAUGGUUGAUACGUAUGGUACUGUACAACCCCAUACGCUAAUUCGACAGCACCUCGACUAUCAUCACUGGUAUGACAGGAACAAGUUAACCCUCAAAGAUAUCAGUAACACGCAGUAUGUGGCUUGUAUGAAUCCAACAGCUGGUAGCUUUACCAUCAAUCCACGUCUACAGCGUCAUUUCGCAGUGUUUGCCAUUAGUUUCCCUGGUCUUGAUGCCCUCAAGACAGUGUAUCUCAGUAUCGUCAAUGGAUAUAUGAAAGUGCACGCCUUUCCAUCGUCUGUUGCCAAGAUAACAGAGAAACUUCUUGACGCAGCACUAGCUUUGAACCAGAAGGUCACAAGUACUUUCCUACCAACAGCUAUCAAAUUCCAUUACAUCUUCAAUCUUCGAGAUCUUUCCAACAUAUUCCAGGGUAUCUUGUUUUCCACACCAGAAUGCCUAAAAACACCAGUAGACUUUGUUCGACUUUGGAUGCACGAGUGUAACCGAGUCUACAGAGACAAACUGAUUGAGGAAAAAGACAUCGAAAUGUAYGACAAGAUCCAAUUGGACAUCACGAAGAAAUUCUUUGAGGACUUUGAYGAAGAAGCCGUCACRCAACAACCAAACCUGUUUUGUCACUUUGCUAGUGGCAUWGGUGAGCCAAAAUACCUUCAAGUWCAAGGYUGGGACAGUCUGAGUAAACUUCUAGUCGAAGCCCUUGAUAACUACAAUGAAGUAAACGCAGUAAUGAAUCUUGUACUCUUUGAAGAUGCCAUGCAGCAUGUGUGUCGUAUUAAUCGUAUUCUGGAGUCCCCACGUGGUAACGCUCUUCUUGUCGGAGUCGGUGGUAGUGGCAAACAGAGUCUUGCUCGACUGGCUGCGUUCAUCAGUUCCCUGGACGUAUUUCAGAUCACCCUACGUAAAGGAUACGCCAUCCCGGACAUGAARGCUGAUUUAGCUGCUCUGUGCAUCAAAGCCGGUUGGAAAAACAUCGGUACUGUAUUCCUACUCACUGAUGCUCAAGUCCCAGAAGAAAACUUUUUGGUUUUGAUAAACGAUCUAUUGGCUUCUGGUGAGAUUCCUGGGCUCUUCCCCGAUGAUGAGGUYGAGAAUAUCAUAUCUGGUGUGAGAAAUGAAGUAAAAGGUGCUGGCUUGCAGGACACGAGGGAAAACUGUUGGAUGUUYUUCAUCGAACGAGUGCGCAGGAAUCUGAAGGUUGUUCUGUGUUUCUCACCCGUUGGCUCUACKUUGCGUGUGCGUAGCCGUAAAUUCCCCGCUGUUACUAACUGUACAGCUAUCGACUGGUUCCACGAAUGGCCUCAAGAGGCUUUGGUGUCUGUCAGCAACCGUUUCAUUGAAGAUCUGGAACAGCUUGAUGCUGAAGUCAGGCCAUCUGUAGCAGACUUCAUGUCUUUUGUACAYACCAGUGUGAAUGAAGAAAGUCACAUGUACUUAGCAAACGAGAGACGUUAUAACUACACAACACCCAAGAGCUUUCUUGAACAGAUUAACCUGUAUAGAAACCUUCUWAAGAAAAAAGCUAAAGAACUGGCGAUGAAAACUGAGCGUCUUGAAAAUGGUUUGCUCAAACUCCAGAGCACAGCGCAACAAGUAGACGACCUCAAAGCUAAGCUUGCCUCGCAAGAGGUUGAAUUAAAGCAAAAGAACGAGGAYGCCGACAAGCUGAUUGCUAAAGUCGGUGUUGAGACCGAAAAAGUCAGCAAGGAAAAGGCUUUCGCAGAUGGUGAAGAGAAGAAAGUUCAGGUCAUUGCCAAAGAUGUAUCAGAGAAACAAAAGUCUUGCGAAGAAGAUUUAGCUAAAGCAGAACCUGCAUUGGUUGCUGCCCAAGAKGCUUUGAACACUUUGAACAAGAACAACUUGACUGAAUUGAAGUCGUUUGGGUCUCCACCUGCUGCUGUGGUCAGUGUUACUUCUGCUGUUAUGGUGUUACUUGCACCCUCCGCUAAGAUACCYAAGGACAGGAGCUGGAAGGCUGCUAAAGUCAUGAUGGCUAAGGUCGAUCAGUUUUUAGAUCAACUKAUCAAYUACGACAAAGAAAACAUCCAUGAUAACAAUYUGAAAGCUGURCAACCCUACCUAGACGACCCCGACUUCAAUGCUGACUUCAUCAAGGGCAAGUCUCUAGCCGCCGGUGGUCUGUGUGCCUGGGUUAUCAACAUUGUUCAGUUCUACAGAAUCUUCUGCGAUGUCGAGCCUAAAAGAAAAGCACUUGCCGCUGCCAAUGCCGAACUUGCUGCCGCUGAGGACAAGCUAGCUAAAAUCAAAGCCAAGAUCCAAGAGCUUGAUGAGAACUUGGCAGAACUUACCGCUGCGUUUGAGAAAGCUACCGCAGAGAAAUUGAAAUGCCAGCAAGAGGCGGAGACGACGGCUAAGACCAUUGAGCUCGCUAACAGGCUCGUGGGUGGUCUAGCGUCGGAAAACGUUCGUUGGGGAGAAUCKGUCGCUAACUUUAAGAUUCAAGAAAAGACGUUACCGGGUGAUGUCCUUCUYACKACGGCUUUUGUGUCAUACCAAGGGUGUUUUACAAGACGCUACAGGGAAAACCUMUUUAAGAAGUGGAUUGACUUCAUGGAGGGACAAAAGGUUAAGAUCCAAACCACCGAAGGCCUUGACCCGCUUAGUCUUCUCACCGACAAUGCCACCAUUGCCCAAUGGAAUAACGAAAAUCUCCCGAGUGACCGAAUGUCUACCGAGAACGCUACGAUCCUUACGAACUGUGAGCGUUGGCCUCUCAUGAUCGACCCUCAGCUUCAGGGUAUCAAAUGGAUUAAAACCCGGGAGGGGGCAGAUUUACGUGUGGUCCGCCUUGGACAGAAAGGAUAUUUGGACACCAUUGAACGAGCUGUAUCGAAUGGUGAUUGCAUGUUGAUCGAAAACAUGGGUGAGAGUGUUGAYGCUGUYUURGAYCCUUUGAUUGGUCGAAACACCAUUAAGAAAGGAAGAGCCAUCAAGAUGGGAGACAAAGAAGUCGAGUAUCAUCAGGACUUCCGUCUUAUUCUGCAUACUAAACUAGCAAACCCACAUUACAAACCAGAAAUGCAGGCCCAGACUACUUUGAUCAACUUCACGGUCACAAGAGAAGGCUUGGAAGAUCAGUUGCUUGCUGACGUCGUGCGCAAAGAACGACCUGACUUGGAGGAAACUAAGGCAAAGCUCACUCAGCAACAAAACGCCUUCACAAUCAAGCUCAAAGAACUCGAGGACUCGCUGUUAGCUCGUCUCUCUGCAGCUGGUGGUAACUUCCUGGGUGAUUACGCCUUAGUUGAAAACCUAGAGACAACCAAGAGAACUGCAGCUGAGAUUGAAGUUCAAGUCGGUGAGGCCAAGAUAACUGAGGUUAAGAUUAACGAAGCCCGUGAGGCGUAUAGACCAGCGGCUGCUAGGGCGUCGUUACUCUACUUUAUAUUGAACGACUUGAACAAGAUCAACCCUAUGUAUCAGUUCUCUCUCAAGGCAUUCAGUGUGGUUUUCGAUACGGCCAUCUCGCGUGCAGAACCAGCUGAAGAAGUCAAAGCCCGUGUUAUAAAUUUAAUUGACUGUAUUACCUACUCGGUUUUCAUCUAUACUACAAGAGGUCUGUUCGAAAAGGACAAGCUUAUCUUCACUGCCCAAGUUGCAUUCCAAGUCCUCUUAAUGAAAAAGGAAAUCGUUCCACACGAGCUGGACUUCCUGCUUCGUUUCCCUGCAGUAAUGAACGUCACGAGUCCAGUAGACUUCCUAAACAACCUUUGCUGGGGAGGUAUCAAAGCCCUGGGGAAUAUGGAAGAGUUCCGUAACCUGGACAGGGAUAUCGAAGGCUCCGCCAAGCGKUGGAAGAAGUUUGUGGAGAGUGAAUGUCCCGAGAAAGAAAAGUUCCCUCAAGAAUGGAAAAAUAAAACUGCGCUUCAAAAGCUGUGUAUGAUGAGAGCGUUACGACCCGACAGAAUGACUUACGCUGUCAGUAAUUUUGUGGAGGAAAAACUGGGACACAAAUAUGUUGAAGACGCUCCGCUCGAGUUUUCGAGAUCAUACGAAGAAAGCUCACCCGGCACACCAAUCUUCUUUAUCCUCUCACCUGGAGUGGAUCCACUAAAAGAUGUGGAGGCAUURGGCAAAAAACUCGGAAAGACAUUUGAUAACAAGAACUUUCACAACGUAUCUCUUGGACAGGGUCAAGAGAUUGUCGCAGAACAGUGCUUAGAUCUUGCAGCAAAGGAAGGUCACUGGGUCAUCUUACAGAAUGUCCACUUGGUAAAGAACUGGCUGCCUAAACUAGAAAAACAACUAGAGGCAUACAGCGARGGYAGUCAUGAAGAGUACCGUGUAUUCAUCUCGGCUGAACCAGCUGGUACUCCAGAAGCGCAUUGCAUUCCUCAAGGUAUUCUAGAAUCAUCGAUCAAGAUYACCAACGAACCACCGACUGGUAUGAUGGCUAAUCUUCACAAGGCUCUCAAUAACUUUGAUCAGGACACWCUUGAAAUGUGCGCUCGCGAGAACGAGUUCAAGAGCAUCUUAUUUGCUUUGUGUUACUUCCACGCCGUCGUUGCUGAGAGAAGAAAGUUYGGUCCUCAGGGMUGGAAUCGWUCKUAYCCAUUCAACACUGGUGACUUGACUAUCAGUGUCAACGUGUUGUAUAAUUACUUGGAGGCAAAUGCUAAGGUUCCGUGGACUGAUCUACGAUAUCUGUUUGGUGAGAUUAUGUAUGGUGGRCAUAUCACAGAUGACUGGGAUAGACGUCUUUGUAGGACAUACCUAGAGGAAUAUAUGAAGCCUGAAAUGCUUGAAGGCGAACUCAAYCUUGCACCAGGAUUCCCACUGCCACCCAACUCUGAUUUCAAAGGUUACCAUACGUAUAUCGACGAUACCCUACCGCCAGAGAGCCCAUACUUGUAUGGCUUGCAUCCUAACGCUGAGAUUGGCUUCCUGACGACUACGUCUGAUAAUCUUUUCCGUACAUUACUGGAGAUGCAGCCCAGAGACAGUGGUGGAGAAGGUGGUGGAGGACAGACCAGAGAAGAAAAGGUGAAGCAGGUUCUCGAUGAAAUCCUGGAGAAACUCCCUGAUGAAUUCAAUGUGCCUGAAAUGAUGGCUAGAGUAGAGGAUCGUACUCCAUACACUGUGGUAGCAUUCCAAGAGUGUGAACGAAUGAACAUGCUCACGUCCGAGAUGAAAACAUCACUGAAAAUGCUUGACCUCGGUCUWAAGGGUGAGCUGACCAUCACUUCAGACAUGGAAGAACUAUCAAAUGCUCUCUUCCUGGAUACUGUCCCAGAAUCCUGGACCAAGCGUGCCUACCCAUCCAUGGCAGGCCUGGCUGCAUGGUUUGUUGAUUUACUACUUCGUAUCAAGGAACUGGAACAGUGGACGUCGGACUUUAUUCUUCCAAAUGUGGUAUGGCUGUCAGGGUUCUUCAAUCCACAGUCUUUCCUAACAGCCAUUGAACAGUCUAUGGCAAGGAAGAAUGAAUGGCCUUUGGAUAAAAUGGCUCUGCAAGUUGAUGUGACCAAAAAGAAUAAGGAAGACUUUAAUAGUCCACCAAGAGAAGGUAUUGUUGUUGUUGUUGCUAGAGGUCCAACAUAUGUCUGGAAUUUCUUCCUCAAGACCAAGGAGAAUCCAGCCAAGUGGACCCUGGCAGGYGUUGCUCUUCUUCUUAGUGUUUAGGUGUGUGUGUUAUUUAUUAGUGAAACGUUUUUUUGGUUUUCGGCUGUUUUAUUAUAUAUUCCAUUUAAUGUAUAUUUGCUUUGAGGGCAUUUUACCGGCCAAAAAAUUAAAGAAUUUUUUUUUGAACGGCAAAAAAUAGGGAAAACUGUGUGUCUGAAAUUUGUGAGUCCUAAAGAUGAGUUUGAAAGGUAGUUUUCGUAUUUGGUAUAGUUUCACAUUUUAUUUUUGUAUAUUAGUUCACUUGUCGUUUCCCAAAUACCUAUUUUAUUUUUAAUUUUCAUAUUUUGUUUUUCUUCAUUCGUGAGUUUCUGUUAACCAUUAAUUUACGUGUGAGUAAGUCUACCUUGAUUUUUAUUCGUUUUUGUCACUAACUCUUCUUUCAUGUGACGAAUAUACAUGUUCUUCAUUYUCUUCGCUUUUGCACCACUCAUUUAAGUGUUUUGUCUCCCAGAAGGAGAACUAAAAUAUCAGUUUUGGGAUKCUGGUAUUUGUGUAAAUCCAGACGAUAUUCCGUGUGGUAUUUAAUAUAUUAUAAUACAUUCAAAAUGUACACAAAAUUCUAAAUUUUUUCAUAAGACAUUUUAUGUCUCAUUUGUGUAAAUAUUUUUUAGAUAAAUAAAGCUAUAACGAUUUUAUAAA